AUGAGUAUUAAUCUUCUUCUUCUUUGCCUCCCUCUCUUUACCAGUUUCUCGCCAUGCAAUUGCCAUUCCAAGCCCAAAGACAAAAAUAAUGCCUCUAAAAUCAAAGGGAUGUUUGUGUUUGGAAGCUCUCUAGUUUCCAAUGGCAACAACAAUUUCUUCCCAUCACAGUCUCAACUAAACCACCUUCCAUAUGGAAUAGACUUUCGCAGUGGACCUACUGGUAGAGCCACAAAUGGAAAAAAUGUAAUCGAUUUUUUCGCUGACAAUCUUAAGCUUCCUCCUUUCUGUCCCCCACCAUUUUCUGACCCUUCGACGAAGGGACCCCAAUUGGUUCAUGGUGUCAACUUUGCUUCUGCAGGCUCCGGUAUAAUUGAUGAUACUUCGCCAUAUGCGACCAAUGCAACAAAUCUAAAUACUCAAAUCGACAACUUUGAGAAGGUGACUUUACCGGCAUUAGAAGUUCAACUGGGUAGCAAAAGAUCAGAUUUUCUGCCAAACUACUUGUUUGUUGUGGGAACUGGAGGGAAUGAUUACUUAUUCAACUAUUUUACGCCCAAGUUUAUAUUCAAGAAUGCAACUGAUCUCAAUCCCGAAGUCUUUGCCGAGAAUCUUGCCAACUUACUUUACCAGAAACUCCAUAAGUUAUACAGUUUAGGAGGACGAAAAUUUUUGUUGAUCUCAAUAUAUCCAAUGGGUUGCAUUCCACAAGUUAGGUUUUUUCUGCCUCUAGAAAAAGGUUGCUUCGGUAUUCUGAACAUAGAUGUACAGCUCUUCAAUGCUCGGAUGAGGCAAAUUGUGGAUGACUCUAGGACACAAAUGCCUGGUUCUACUUUUGUUUUUGUUAAUUCAUACAAGAUACUCUAUGACAUCAUCAAGGAUUAUGCCUCACAAGGGUUUGAAGAUGAGAGAAAUGCUUGUUGCGAAACGGAGGGAGGUAAAUGCAGAAAAGAUGGCGAGGUUUGCGAUAAAAGGGACAAAUACGUAUUCUUUGAUGGGUUGCAUCCAACAGAAGCUACAAACAAGAUCAUUGCAACCAAGGCUUUUAAUUCAUUUCAUAAAAAUGAAGUUUUUUCCCAUUAA